AUGGGGUAUAAUAAUUGGAAGAACGCUAUUUCUACUUUUAGAGAUCAUGAAGUAAAUGUUACUAGCAUUCAUAAUUUUGCAGCCGAUAAAUUGGAAUUGUUCAAGAAUCCACGACAACAUGUCACACUAAAGAUCUCACAACAUAGUUCAGAAAUGGAAGUUGCUUAUCGUGUUAGAUUGACGGCGGUUCUAGAUAUUAUGCAAUUCUUGUUAAGACAAGGUUUAGCUUUUCGGGGGCAUGAUGAAUCUUCAAGUUCCAAGAACAAAGUGAGAUCACUCAUGAUUGAAGACAUUGGUGAUCGGAUUUUCUCACUUAUGGUUGAUGAAGCUAGAUACAUUUUAGUGAAGGAACAAAUGGCUAUUGUUUUGAGAUAUGUUGAUUCUCGUGGACAAAUGAUCGAGAGAUUUCUUUGUGUAGAGCAUGUGACAGACGCUUCAUCCUACACUUUGAAAGAGGUCAUUGAUAAUUUGUUUGCAAAAUAUGGAUUGUCCCUAUCAAGGUUAAGAGGUCAAGGUUAUGAUGGAGCUUCUAAUAUGAGAGGAGAAUUUAAUGACCUAAAGUCACUUAUAUUGAAGGAUAAUCCAUAUGCAAGUUAUGUGAUCAAGAUUGUCAAUUUGGUUGGAGCAUCACGUAAAAGGAAAGAUGCACUUCGACAAAGCCAACAUGAAAAUAUAGUUACACAUAUAGAGAAAGGUGUAAUUUCUACUGGCAGAGGCUGA